AUUUAGUUAAAAAAAAACGAUGAGUGCAAUUAUUCACGAUCGUCUUGGUUGAUGCUUGCUAUAUCCUUUCUACAGUACAUGAUACAUGGGGUGGGAAUCUUAAAGAUGAAUAAAAUAAAAAUUUAUGUGUAGGCCCGUAAAAAGCGCCAAGAAGAAGUGGAAAAACUUCGUUUGGAAGAACAACAGCGCAAGCAACAGGAACGAGAAAUGAAGAGGCAACAAGCAGUUAUACUGAAAGAACAGAUGUACAUGCAGGAGCUGACCAAGCAGCGCGAGAUGCUCUACACCGUCGAGCUGGAGCGAGAGCGCAGGCGGCAGCACAUGAACCUGAUCCGGGCACUGGAGAAUCGGCGCAAAAUGGAGGAACGUGAACGCAAGAGGCUAGAAGCCCGGGCCGAGAGGAUAGCUUCGAAGGAGCGCCGGGCUGAGCAGCGCCGGCUCGAGCUCGAGCUCGUCGAGCAGAUUCGCAAGCCCGUCGAGGACAUGGAAUUGGCCGACCAGAAGGCCCUGCCGAAGCUACGCCGGCUGCCGGGGCUCAGGCUGAGCGGCCAAGCGUUCGCCGACAUCGUCAUGGUAUUUGAGUUCCUUCACAACUUUGGCGAGACCCUCGGCUUCGACAUGGACUCGCUGCCGAGUUUGCGCAGCCUCCAAGCGGCCCUGCUCAACGACGAGGAAGCCGAGGAAGAGCUACUCUCGGUGAUGACCCACCUGCUCGUCUGCGCGAUCGAGGAUCCCGGCAUACCCCAGCCGGCGCGUCAUACGACUGGACUUGGGCAGAGCUUGCGCCAGGCUGACAUCACCCACGCUAACCUGAGCGAGGUCUUGCGCAUCUACCUGUACGCCAAUGCGACCGGCGAGGUCAAGGCUCUGACGGGGGUCUGUUUGGAGCGCGAGCGCGACAAGAGGCUCGCCGACCACCACCAGAACGCACCGACGGACAACGGGCCUCCCACGGGUAGCGGGAAAAACGCCCAGUUUUACGAGCACCUGCACAGCAACGAGACCUGGCGCAUGUCCGAGCGUCUGCGGGACAAGCCCUUCCUCGCGCUCAACCCGACCCACAAGGCACAAAUGCUCGCGUUCCUCUGCAACGAGCUGCUCCAGAACAAGGCGGUCACCCGCCAGAUCGAGCAGAGCCUCGAGAACGUCGCCCAGCUCAAGAAGGAGCGCUUUCUCCUCGACACCAAGAUACGCAAGCUACGACAGUUGCACGCGCGUAAGCAGCGCAUGGAGGCCGUGGGUGUCAUCGUCAACAAGUCCGCCGACGGCAUCAGUUUGACUCCUCUGAUGGCGGUGGGAGCCUCGGUUAUGGCUGGAUCGGCAACGACGACGACAACAAUCAUAGCGAUGACGAAUAAUAAUAGUAGUACAUCUACGACGACGGUGACAGUGGGGACGCCUACGACGACGGUGGCGUCCGCCACUGACGCGUGUAGUACCAUUCCCACGAUUGCUACCAGUACCGUUACUACUGGUACCAGUACCACAGCUGACGCGAGUGACGCUCUGCUGGUGGAGAAUAAGAAAGAGCCCGAGGUGAACGAACAGCCGACUUCCCCGACGCUACCUCCGCCACCACCUCCACCACCACCGCCGCCUCCAGCGCCAGCCCCGGCACCCGCCGGGCACGAUGAGUCGCAUCACGAGGACGAGGCCCAUGACGAGGAGAUGUCGGAGAACGAGAGCGAGGGCACCCAGCCCGAGGAGGAGGAGGACAAAAAUCUGUCGGCCGAUGAGCUUGGCAAGAAGCUCGACAAGUUGCUCAAGCAGUCCGAGGAGCAGCUACAGAAGCUCAACGGUUCGUCCAAGGAGCUGCGAGCACACAUAUUCGGCCAGGAUAGGUACUGGAGACGAUUUUGGGAGUUACCCUGUGCCGGUGGGGUGUUCGUCGAGGCCAUGGAGAGCGCCGAGCCGGAAGUGCUCCCGCUUCAGGCUGAGCUGGACGAAAAGUACAAGAACGCGCCGCCGAAAGAAGAGCCACCAAGCGAGGCUGAACAGCAGAAACAGUGGCAAAGUAACGGGCCCAAUGAUAUCAGCGACGCGUCUCUUAACGAUGCUACGCACGAUGACGACGAGGAGCGGGAGCCCGAGAAACUCGCUGCUGACGUUGCUGUUGAGCAAAACUCGACCGAACAAACAAAUAGCAACGAUAAUAAGAACGUGCAUAACAAUCACUGCAACUCCGAGCUGAUCAACAACUCGACUGACGAGGUGAAAAAAGAAACAGAUAUCGUGGCUGACGACAACGAGGAUGACGAGGUAGCCAAGGCAAACAAACUCGAGGGUUCGAACAAAGUGAAACAAGAACUUGCUGACAACGUAGACGUAAACGUUAAGACGGAGGAGCCCGAAAAAUUGGAAAAUUGUCCAAACGGCGAUGAUGGCACCCCAAAGCUCGACGGCCUUAAGAUGGAAGACAAAAUUUCCGAGGCAAUUGCAAACGGAGACAAAUUCAAUUUGCCCAACGGCAAGGAAUUGAACGGUAGUUUUCCUUCUGGUAAGAUUUAUUGGAUGCUGGCAAUGACAAUGGCNAAGUAA